GUGUAAUUGAUUAUGUGGUAGUGAAUUCUGCACUAAACCAUACACAAUCACUUUUAUACGAAUACGUCAAAAGGGCUUGAACCUUUUCAGCCUGCGUGGUCAUGGGACUCAUGUUACAAGAAAUAAUCCCUUCUUUCUUCUAAGAUGAUGGCAUAACACUAAACUCUAGUCCAACUCGAAAAGAAGGGAUCCUGAUUAUGAAAAUGUAAGGUUUUAAAACCUUUUUUUUUCCUGACAAUUGGUAAAUAGAAAGCAUGUGCAGAUAACCAUCACAGACGAACUUAACUGAUUCAUUUUGGAUUAUUAUCAACGGCAGCACAAAGACACACCCCCACUAGCUGCUGCUGCCACAGCCACAAGAUCUGAAGCCAUUCCCAAGCACAUCUAGCCUUCUCCCUCUGAAAGGUUGCCUUGGAACAUCAAUACUGGGAUUUAAAGCUCCUACAAGCUCUUUCUCACCACUGGAUUCACGCCAGGGUGGAUGGGUGUCAGUCGAACCAGCCCAACGACUGCACACUCAGCCUGGCCAAGUGUCCAUCCAUUAUCACCAUGACCAGCGGGAGCAAAGCAGACGUCAUUCCUGACAGAGAUGAACACGCGAGGACGCACGUCAGAGGCAACUGGGGAAGCAAGGCAGAAUACAUCUUAACCGUCAUGGGAGCUAUCAUUGGGCCCGGCAAUGUGUGGAGGUUCCCUUACCUGUGCUAUAAGAAUGGAGGAGGUGUGUUCUUCAUCCCUUACCUGCUGUUCCUGUUCACCUGUGGCAUUCCUCUCUUCUUCAUGGAGACGGCGCUGGGGCAGUACACCAGUCAGGGAGGGAUCACCUGCUGGCGCAAGAUCUGCCCGCUAUUUCAAGGGGUGGGUUAUGCCAGUCAUCUGAUCAUCUGCUUCAGCGCCAGCUCCUACAUUGUGAUCCUUGCGUGGGCAUUCUUCUACCUCUUCUCCUCCUUCAGUGCAGAACUACCCUGGGUCAACUGUGACAACAUCUGGAACACUGACUCCUGCAUGGCCUACACUAAGGCCUCAAACAGCACCUCCAGAGCCAACGGGACGCUGCCAGUGGUGGAGUUCUGGCAGAACAGGGUAUUACACAUCUCCCAUGGGAUUGAGGACCUGGGGAGUGUGCAGUACCAGCUGGCCCUGUGUCUCCUACUGUGCUGGGUGAUAUGUUACUUCUGUGUGUGGAAGGGAAUUAAGUCUACAGGGAAGGCUGCGUACUUCACGGCUACAUUCCCAUACGUGACCCUCCUGGCUCUGUUGUGUCGUGGCGUCACCCUCCCUGGCGCCCUGGAUGGCAUCAUCUACUACCUCUACCCCGACGUCUCUCGCCUGGCCGACCCACAGGUUUGGAUGGAUGCAGGCACACAGAUCUUCUUCUCCUAUGCCAUCAGCUUGGGCUUCCUCACGUCUCUAGGCAGCUACAACACCUACAACAAUGACUGCUACAAGGACUCGUUCGUGUUGUGUCUGCUGAAUAGUGGCACCAGUUUCAUCUCGGGCUUCGCCAUUUUCUCCAUACUGGGGUACAUGACCCAUGAGCAAGGUGUGAACAUCGCAGAGGUGGUGGAUUCUGGUCCUGGACUGGCAUUCAUCGUGUACCCGAGGGCAGUGGCCAUGAUGCCGGUGCCACAGGUGUGGUCAGCUUGUUUCUUCAUCAUGAUCAUCCUCUUAGGGUUGGACAGCCAGUUUGUAGGCCUGGACUGUCUGAUGACGUCACUAGUGGACAUGUUCCCCUCUACACUACGCAGGGGCUUCAGACGGGAGCUGCUCCUGCUGGCCAUCUGCACCACAGCAUUUCUGUUCGGCCUCAGCUUCGUGACACAGGGGGGACUGUACAUUCUACAGCUGAUGGACCAUCACGUGUGCAGCGGAACUACCCUUCUCAUCCUGUCCUUCUGCCAGUGUUUCAGCAUAGCCUGGGUCUACGGUGCUGAACGUUUCUAUGGCAACAUAACGGACAUGAUCGGGUACAGACCAGCGCCUGUGAUGAAGUACUGCUGGCUCUUCAUCACCCCUGCUGUGUGUUUGAGCACAUUGAUCUUUUCCAUUGUGAAGUACUCUCCUCUGAAGUUCAGCAACACGUACGUGUACCCCGUCUGGGCCAACGUCAUCGGCUGGUUUCUGGCCACCAUCUCUCUUUCUCUCAUCCCUCUCUGGAUCAUCUACAAACUCUAUCUGGGUGAAGGCUCCCUGAAAGAGCGAUUUCUCCAGCUAUGCCGUCCAAUCGAUGAUCUCCCUCUGAAUCACCAGUACAAACCAGCCACCCUUCACCUAACUGUUUCCUCCAAUGGUGUUUCUGCAGUGGACUAUAUGAUGAGAUGAGGCUUUUGGAAGGCUUUUUACAGGACUCUUUUUACUAUUGGACCAUUGACUAUUGGAUGAGAUUUUUGGCAAAACUACAAAAUGACCAUCUGAGGAAUAAAUAGAUCUGGCAGAAGAAACCGAUCUAGUGGAUGUGGAUCUGUGAUACAUCAGAGUCAUAUAUACGAGACUCAUCAGCUCU